UUAUCACUAUGGCGGAGGAUAACGGCUGGAGCUGCUGCUUCUCCAGAUCGGAUACUAUUUUAACCCGCAGAAUGCCCCUCAUCACCAUCACCUUUUCUCUCCAUCCUCUCAAGAGGUUUUUACCAUCAAUCACAUUCACAACAUGACAGACUCUGGGAAAAUAACAAUAUCCAUCGAUCGGGGUGGCACUUUCACCGACGUGCAUGCCAUUGUCCCCGGCCGCCCUGAUAUCAUCCUGAAGCUACUGUCCGUCGACCCCGGCCACUACCAAGAUGCGCCUACUGAGGGUGUCCGCCAGAUCCUCGAGCUGGUCACAGGGGAAUCUUUUCCGCGAGGACAGCCUCUGAAACUUGACCGUAUCGGCUGCUUGCGAAUGGGAACGACCGUGGCUACCAACGCCUUGCUUGAAAGAAAGGGUGCCCGCUCUGUCCUCUUCACCACCAAGGGUUUUCGCGAUCUGCUCAAGAUCGGCGAUCAAUCCCGACCCAACAUCUUCGAUCUGUCUAUGGCUAGGCCGGGUGUAUUGCCCGAGGGUGUCGUGGAGGUUAAUGAACGUGUGAUUCCCUGCCAUCCAGCAGCCGAUAAGGACUGCUUUACUGGUGCCCGUGUUGUUGAGGGUGUCACGGGUGAAAAGUUCCGUGUGGUGCAGGAGUUGGAUCUGGACCAUGUCAAAACCGAACUUGAACGACUAAAGGCAGAGGGCUACCAGUCCUUGUCUGUUGCCCUUGUUCACUCUUUUGCCUAUCCCGAGCACGAACGCCAGAUUGGAGAAUUGGCAGAGAGCAUGGGGUUCUCUGUUACCCUCUCGUCCAAGUUGCAGCCCAUGAUCAAGAUCGUGCCUCGAGGCAUGUCUGCUGCCGCGGAUGCAUAUUUGACCCCAGUCAUCAAGACCUACAUCGAUUCAAUCGAGUCCAGCUUCGAGGGCGGUUUGGACGGCCAGCAUGCCUGCCGUUUCGAGUUCAUGCAGUCCGAUGGAGGACUGGUGGAUUUCCGGAAAUUUAGCGGAUUGAAGGCAAUUCUGUCUGGCCCAGCUGCCGGUGUUGUCGGUUUCGCAGCAACCAGUUGGGAUCCCACCGAGCGUACACCCGUUAUUGGCUUCGAUAUGGGUGGUACAUCCACCGAUGUUUCGCGAUUUGAUGGUCACUUGGAGCAUGUCUUCGGAUCCAAGGUGGCAGGCGUUCUCAUCCAGUCUCCGCAACUUGAUAUCAACACUGUCGCUGCAGGUGGUGGCUCCAUCUUGACCUGGCGCAACGGUCUGUUCUACGUUGGACCUGAGUCUGCCAGUGCCCACCCUGGUCCAGCAUGUUACCGAAAGGGUGGUCCACUGACCGUUACCGAUGCCAACCUGUUCAUUGGCCGUUUGUUGCCCGAAUAUUUCCCACACAUCUUUGGCCCAAACGAGGACCAGCCGCUCGACAUAGAGGCAACAACUAAGCUGUUCACUGAAUUGACUGAAAAAAUCAAUGCCGAGCGACGAGAGAAGUCCCAGCCUGAAUACACACCCGAGGAGGUUGCGUUGGGAUUCCUGAAAGUUGCCGACGAGUCGAUGUCGCGCCCGAUCCGCAACCUCACCGAAGCUCGUGGGUUCGAAACUGCAUCUCACCAUCUGGCGUGCUUUGGAGGAGCUGGUGGUCAACACGCCUGUUCCGUCGCCGCUGUUUUGGGCAUCUCUCGUAUCGUCAUUCACAAGUACUCUUCCGUCUUGUCGGCUUACGGCCUGGCACUGGCAGAGGUUGUUAAGGAAUCUCAGGAGCCGAUCUCCGCCAACUAUGCGGACUCCCACUCAAGCCUCGAGAAACGGUUUGACGAUAUUACUGCUGCAGCAACUGCAGACAUGGGUACCCAGGGAUUCGCAGAAGAUCAGGUCCGACAUGAGCUGUACCUGAACAUGCGAUAUGAGGGCUCCGACACCAGCCUGAUGAUUCUGAAACCUGAAGAUUCAUCUGAUUUCCUGGAGCAGUUCCGAGCCCGUCACUUCAGAGAAUUUAACUUCAACUCGGAACGACCUGUUCUGGUCGAUGACAUCCGUGUGCGGACCACUGCUUCCUCGAAGGUCCGCACAGAAAAGAGCCCUCUCGUUCAGCUGAGAGAAGCCACCCUGAAAGAUGUCUCAACAGCACCGGCAAGCAUCACAAAAGCAUAUUUCGACGGUCAAUCUAGCCGCAUCGACACGCCAGUCUAUCUGCUUGACAACCUCGACAAAAACACCCGCGUCCAAGGACCUGCAGUCAUCAUUGACAAGACACAGACAAUUGUGGUGGUCCCCGACUCCGUGGCCAGUGUUCUGGAGACUUGCAUUGUCAUCGACCUGAAGGACGCCAAGUCAUCGAAAACUGAUCCUGCUGUGUCCUCGGAGAUCGACCCUAUCCGGUUGACUAUCUUCGGUCACCGCUUCAUGUCUAUCGCCGAACAGAUGGGUCGCACACUGCAAAAGACCUCAGUAUCCACCAACAUCAAGGAGCGUCUGGACUUUUCUUGUGCUUUGUUCUCUCCCGAUGGAGGACUGGUUGCCAAUGCACCUCAUAUCCCUGUGCAUCUUGGUUCUAUGCAGUUUGCCGUUCGUUAUCAGCAUGAAAAGUGGCUGGGUAAACUGAAAGAUGGUGAUGUUCUUGUUUCCAACCACCCCAGUUGCGGAGGCACUCACUUGCCUGACAUUACGGUUAUCACACCAGUUUUCGACCGCCCUGGUGGUACUGACAUCAUGUUCUACGUGGCAUCCCGUGGUCACCACGCCGAUAUUGGUGGUAUUUUGCCCGGUUCAAUGCCUCCAAAGUCGACCGAACUCUGGCAGGAAGGAGCAGCCAUCGAAGGUGAUAAGAUUGUCAGCAAUGGUGUUUUCGAUGAAGACCGUAUCACUGAGCUCCUAGUCCACAAGCCGGCUCAGUACGAAGGAUGCUCUGGUGCAAGAUGCCUCAGCGAUAACAUUUCCGAUUUGAAGGCGCAGAUUGCCGCCAAUACCCGUGGUAUCUCCUUGAUCCAGGCUCUGUUCGCAGAAUACGGCGUGGAAACUGUUCAAAGAUACAUGUAUGCUAUCCAAGCGACCGCCGAGAAUGCAGUUCGGGACCUCCUCAAGGGUCUUCAUCAGCGAUUGGGCGGCCAACCUUUGGAGGCAGUGGAUUACAUGGACGACGGCACUCCGAUUAAGCUCAAGGUCACUAUCAAUGGAACCGAUGGCUCUGCUGUUUUCGAUUUCGAAGGCACUGGUCCCGAAGUCUACGGAGGAUGGAACGCCCCGAUCGCCAUCACCCACUCGGCUAUUAUCUACUGCCUGAGAUGUAUGAUCAACGCGGACGUCCCACUCAACCAAGGCUGCUUGGCACCCAUCGACAUUCACGUCCCAUCUCCCAGCAUCCUCUCCCCCACCAAGACAGCAGCCGUUGUCGGCGGAAACGUGGUCACAUCCCAGCGUAUCACCGACGUCGUCCUGAAAGCCUUCCGCGCCUGCGCCGCAUCACAAGGAUGCUGCAACAACCUCACCUUUGGCACAAACUCCAAGACCGACCCCGAAACCGGCGCCACAAUCCCUGGCUUCGGAUACUACGAGACAAUUGCAGGUGGCAGCGGUGCCGGACCAAGCUGGGACGGUGAAUCCGGAAUCCACGUCCACAUGACCAACACACGCAUUACGGACCCUGAGAUUCUCGAAAAGCGAUACCCGACUCUCCUCCGCCAAUUCACCCUUCGUCAAGGAUCUGGCGGAAAGGGCAAACACCCCGGUGGUGAUGGCGUGGUGAGAGAUAUCGAGUUCUUAUCACCGAUGCAGUGCUCCAUUCUGUCUGAGCGUCGUGUACAUCGCCCCUAUGGAUUGGAAGGUGGAGAGAAUGCGGAAACUGGUUUGAACUUGUGGAUUUCCAAGGAUGCGGAAACGGGCGAGGAGCGCCAGGUGAAUGUUGGAGGGAAAAAUACUGUGUCUGUCAAGACUCAUGAUCGGUUUGUUAUUAUGACUGCUGGUGGUGGUGGUUGGGGGGCAGCGUAGUUGCCUUCAUUUCUUGUAUUUCCUAG